AAGACAGCGUACAGUCGGUUAAUAAGGACAACAGGAAUAGUCUAUAACCAUUAAACUGUGUUUUUAUAUUAUUAUGGUUUGAUAAUAUUAUAUUAGGAUAUGCUUUGGAGCUAUAGCCGAAUCGUAGCUUUGUGUUGUCAUCUUUCAGCAACACUGAUUAUAUAUGGUUUGAUGCAUGCGCAUAUCCCACGCAGUUACACAGUCCUCCCAUUUAUAUGUAGAUUCUCGUUUUAUGCCGCGAUGUAGUUAAAGUAGCGUUAUCCGUGUAGGCAACAAAUAUGAUGACUUAAAUUGAAAGUACAUCGUGUGCUUUUUGUGUUUACGGUCCUGCAGUGUAUGUGCCUACAUGCGGCUCGGCCAUUGCUGAAUUCCCGCUCUCCUCCAUCCCGAAGUGUGCACUUGUUUACUCGGUUACUCUCUGCGUAGGGAUAUAUCAAACACGCACUUUCGCUAUAUGCCCAUGCAUUCUACAAUAUUUACACGCAGUGGUUUUUAAUCCUUUAAAAAUAAAUCAUCACUCGUUUUAAACACGACGCGUUUCUUGUCUGUAUGGCCAAUCUCACAAGUGGAAACGGCUCGUGCAGAACUGCCUUUGACAUUACCACCACAAGUUGACAUAUGACAGUUAUAGUACAGUGUGUAAUCUAUAGGACUAUUCUAUGGUAGGGACGGGUAGAGGGUCUAUGGUUACCCUAGCUGAAGUCCCUAUAGGCCGUUUUGAUAUGAAGUACCGAUAUAUGCCUUGUAGAGGGUUCAGGUGCCUGACAGAAGCUGUUCUCUCUUUCUGUUCGUGUUAUUUACAAAUAACUAGUCAGAUACGUGUGUGAUUAGACCAAGCAUAUGUGACUCUGGCCACAAAUGACAACUAUGCCAAAGGAGCGAUGGUUCUGGGGAGGUCACUACUCAACCAUAACACAACCAAACAACUGGUGGUUCUGAUUGGACCACAGGUAGCAGAGCCCUGCAGGGCCAUGCUGAGUAGCAUCUAUGACGAGGUGUGUGUGGUGGAUAUCUUGGACUCUGGGGACACGGCCCACCUCGCCUUGAUGAAGAGACCAGACCUCGGAGUGACCUUCACCAAGCUGCACUGCUGGACACUCACACACUACACCAAGUGUGUGUUUAUGGACGCAGACACACUGGUGUUGUCCAACAUCGAUGAGCUGUUUGAGAGGGAGGAGUUAUCUGCUGCGCCUGAUCCUGGUUGGCCAGACUGUUUCAACUCAGGGGUGUUCGUCUUUGAACCAUCCAAUGAAACAUACCUUAUGACACACUGCACUGAGAAAGGCAGCUUUGACGGUGGUGACCAAGGAGUUCUGAACAGUUUCUUCAAUACCUGGUCAACAGCAGACAUUUCCAAACACCUGCCUUUUAUCUACAACCUCAGCAGCAUCGCUAUAUACACCUAUCUACCAGCCUUCAAACAGAGGAGGUCUGUGACAGUGUGGUUGAGAUCAUCCUCCCCCCGCCUCCCCCUCAGGCGCCCCAGGUGUCCAGUGAGGAGAGGAGGCAGCGAUGGGAGGCGGGGCAGGCGGACUACAUGGGAGCCGACUCCUUCGAAAGCAUCCAGAGGAAACUGGACUGCUUCCUCAAGUAGAGGGUCAGAGAAGGGAUGACGGACGGAAAGGGCAUCUAUUGGCAGGCCUGAGAUGCGUCAGUCAGGGCGGGGAUCAACUGGCAUUCGAACCAAUCAGAAGAGAAAGCGGUAGAGCAUGACGUAUUGAAAAACAGUCCCAUCCUGGGCCUCUCUCUCUCUCGGUUUUUCUCUCGUGUGCGUGCGUGUUUGUGUGUUCGUGUGGCCUGGUCCUGCAGAAAUAACCCCUGCAGAGACGGGGCCAUCCAGUUUACUACACUAUGCAGCCCCCAUACCACCACCUCGGUGCAGAAGCCUUGGUCAGUAAGUAAUGUCUCAGUAAUAACCUCACUGUGACUCUGCCUCACCAAGUCCCAUCCAGACCCCAUGACUCUAACAGCUCAAACCCAGUUACUCAGUCAAGCCUGAUAAUGAUAGAGAUAGGGCAGUUGUGCUUUUACUCUUUAAAGUAUUCAGAGAUGCGUGGGUAUGAAGUAUUUCCCUCUAUACAAUGGAAGAACUGUUAUUUAGUUUAUUAAAGUUUGCAUCCCAGCGGUUAUUUUUGCUCUCCAUAUGUGUGUUGUGCAUGCAUGUUUCUUUAUAUUAGGAUUAUUGUGAAGGAAGCCCGUUUCUAAAGUGGAAAACCCACCGAAGCGCUUGUCAUUUUGCCAUGUCCUGUUUGUUGUCAUCACUUCCUGUUGGGUUUCAUCACUUCCGGUGUAGUCUGACCAGUUGCCUUACCACCGUCAAAGACUCUUAUUACACAACUAGGCCUAUUCUAGUUGUCGCCGUUCACAGUUUACAGAAAACACUUCUCUGCUGCUGCCAAACCCCCCCCCCCCCCCUCCACCUCUACUCAUUCAACCCUCCUACAGACUUACCUCUACGCUCCUCCAGCUCCACUCUACUCAUUCAACCCUCCUACAGACUUACCUCUAUGCUCCUCCAGCUCCACUCUACUCAUUCAACCCUCCUACAGACUUACCUCUACGUUCCUCCAGCUCCACUCUACUCCAUUCAAUCCUCCUAGACUUACCUCUACGCUCCCCCAGCUCCACUCUACUCAUUCAACCCUCCUACAGACUUACCUCUACGCUCCUCCAGCUCCACUCUACUCAUUCAACCCUCCAACAGACUUACCUCUACGUUCCUCCAGCUCCACUCUACUCCAUUCAAUCCUCCUAGACUUACCUCUACGCUCCCCCAGCUCCACUCUACUCAUUCAACCCUCCUACAGACUUACCUCUACGCUCCUCCAGCUCCACUCUACUCAUUCAACCCUCCAACAGACUUACCUCUACGUUCCUCCAGCUCCACUCUACUCCAUUCAACCCUCCAACAGACUUACCUCUACGCUCCUCCAGCUCCACUCUACUCCAUUCAACCCUCCAACAGACUUACCUCUACACUCCCCUAGCUCCACUCUACUCAUUCAACCCUCCUACAGACUUACUUCUACGCUCCUCCAGCUCCACUCUACUCCAUUCAACCCUCCUACAGACUUACCUCUACGCUCCUCCAGCUCCACUCUACUCAUUCAACCCUCCUACAGACUUACCUCUACGCUCCUCCAGCUCCACUCUACUCCAUUCAACCCUCCUACAGACUUACCUCUACGUUCCUCCAGCUCCACUCUACUCAUUCAACCCUCCAACAGACUUACCUCUACGCACCUCCAGCUCCACUCUACUCAUUCAACCCUCCAACAGACUUACCUCUACGCUCCUCCAGCUCCACUCUACUCCAUUCAACCCUCCAACAGACUUACCUCUACGCUCCUCCAGCUCCACUCUACUCAUUCAACCCUCCUACAGACUUACCUCUACGCUCCUCCAGCUCCACUCUACUCCAUUCCACCCUCCAACAGACUUACCUCUAUGCUCCACUCUACUUAUUCAACCCUACAACAGACUUACCUCUACACUCCCGUAGCUCCACUCUACUCCACCCUUCUCUACCCUCAACUUGACACCCCCCAUCUCCAUCUCCAACUCAACUCACCCCUCCUACAGCCCCACCUUGUCAACCCCCCCUCCACCACCCUCCAACAUCACCACCCUGAUGUCUCUUCCUAUCCCAGAAGUGUGUACCUUCAUCCCACCUUGUGGAUUUAAAAGGAAUGGACUGGUGUGAGGAAAAUCAUAUCAGAUAUUAUUUUGACAUGGUGAAAACUCAUGUCCAUGAUUAAUCCAAUGCUUUCACAUCCAUGAAGGGGUCAGAGUGAGCAGGUCAAGUGCACACGGGGGCAUAAGGCCAGUAGGGAAUCCUAACGCACACACAGCCUAAAAUGAUCUAGUAAGUAAUGGGAUGUAAUAGUUUUGUGGUCCCUCUUAACACACCCACAAAUGGCUCUAUAGAGAUGUUUCCAAACACUGUGAAAUCUUGUGUGUUGUGAACACACCCCGGUAGUUCUCACUGUUUCUGUUCUCUGUAGACACCUAAUAAAGGACUGGUGAAGAAGUCUC